AUGUCUCACAUUCUAAAAGGCACCGUGACAGCCUUCUCUCCUUUUGAUGCCAGAGCUGAUGCAGAAGCUCUUCGUAAGGCCAUGAAGGGAAUGGGGACUGAUGAAGAAACUGUUCUGAAGAUCCUUACCAGCAGAAACAAUGCUCAGCGUCAAGAAAUUGCAGCUGCCUUUAAAACCUUAUUUGGCAGGGAUCUUGUCGAUGACCUGAAAUCGGAACUUACCGGCAAAUUUGAAACAUUGAUGGUAUCUUUGAUGAGACCAACAUAUAUUUUUGAUGCUCAUGCACUGAAGCAUGCCAUCAAGGGAGCAGGAACCAAUGAGAAAGUGUUGACUGAAAUUCUUGCCUCCAGGACACCUGCAGAAGUGCGGAAUAUUAAACAGGUUUAUCUGCAAGAGUAUGAGGCCAACUUGGAGGAUAAGAUCACAGGAGAAACAUCAGGCUAUUUUCAGAGACUUCUGGUGGUCCUGCUGCAGGCAAAUAGAGAUCCUGACGGCAGAAUUGAUGAGGGUCUUGUUGAGCAGGAUGCUCAGGUUUUGUUUAGAGCUGGGGAGCUGAAGUGGGGAACAGAUGAAGAAAAGUUCAUCACCAUCUUGGGAACCCGAAGCGUUUCCCAUUUAAGGAGGGUGUUUGACAAAUACAUGACGAUUUCUGGCUUUCAAAUUGAAGAGACCAUUGACCGUGAAACCUCUGGUGACUUGGAGAAGCUGCUUUUGGCAGUUGUGAAAUGCAUCCGAAGCGUGCCUGCCUAUUUUGCCGAGACUCUGUAUUAUUCCAUGAAGGGGGCUGGCACUGACGAUGAUACCCUGAUCAGAGUCAUGGUUUCAAGAAGUGAAAUUGAUCUGUUGGAUAUUAGAAAAGAACUCAGAAAGAAUUUUGCAAAAUCAUUGUAUCAAAUGAUUCAGAAAGAUACAUCUGGGGACUACAGGAAAGCACUCCUGCUCCUCUGUGGUGGAGAUGAUGAGUAAUGGUGACAGUGACACGAAGGAUUUGUUGUACUCCAGCUUUGCAGCCCUUUAGUUAGCGUGUCUAGCUAAGUUUUUGUAUCUUAAUGCUUUGUGGCUGUUUGAAUUUAUACUAGUAUUGCACUUAUUAAAAAUGAGCAUAUUGUUAUCCAAGUGGUAGCUGAUCCCUCCUCUUCCUGACAUCCCAACUUCCAGGAAUUUCAAGUGCCUUCUGUGAGUAUGCGAGAGUCGUCUUCAUGGAAGAUGGGUACUGAGCACAGAACCUAGUUCUUUGCAAGUGUUUUGCUGAAAUAGGAAAAAAAAAAUCUUGUAUUUCACAAAUAAU